CUAGCGCAGCGCUGGGGAGGGGGGCGGCCGAAAGGGGGGCGGUGGUCGGGCCGCGCAGGCGGAGAUGGAAUGGGGCCCGGGCUCAGACUGGUCACGGGGGGAGGCUGCCGGCGUGGACCGUGGGAAGGCGGGGCUGGGGCUCGGCGGGAGGCCACCCCCGCAGCCGCCCCGGGAUGAGCGCGCCCAGCAGCUGCUGGACGCGGUGGAGCAGCGGCAGCGGCAGCUCCUGGACACCAUCGCCGCCUGCGAGGAGAUGCUGCGGCAGCUGGGCCGCCGGCGCCCGGAGCCGGCUGGUGGCGGGAACGUCUCAGCCAAAGCCGGAGCGCCUCCCCAGCCAGCUGUCUCCGCCCGAGGUGGCUUUCCAAAGGAUGCUGGCGAUGGAGCUGCGGAGCCCUGACCAUCCCUGAUGGGCGCCCUGACUUCUCUCCCUCCCGGGGCUGGUGGCUGGACUCUGAACAACCCCCUUCAAUAAAGGGGCCAGUCUUCACCAGCAGUGGCUGGUACUUGGCUCUCGGCCUGGGGUGGCCGCUCUGCUAGCAGCUGGGUUUCACUCCCACUUCAUCCUGGCUGAAGGCAGUGCUGAGCUUUGAAAUGUAGCCAAGGAAUACCCAGUCUGAUGACCCGGAUUUGGGCAGACCAGCAGUGCUCUCCAGAGUGGUCUGACCUGCUUUGGGGGAUCCAGGUGGUGUUACAUGUCCAUUUCAUGCUUUGGGGGCUCCUAGCCCCACCAAACACUUUUAGCAGAGCCUUGAUUAAAAGGAAACCUGCAGACUCUCCUGGUGACCGACCUUUCCUUUCUGUCCCCUGAGACUCAGCUGGGGAGGGGGGAAGUGGUUGAAAAUUGUCAACCAUGGGUAAUGUUGGGAAGAAAGGCCACAGAUACUACCAGAUUUAAAUAAGCAUUUAAUUAGGAUUUCAUUAGUAUUUAAUAUUGCUUUCUCAAUUCCAAAAAGUUAAAUUUUCACUUCUUAGCAGAUAUCUUAAAGUACAAUAUUAAGUUUAUACAAAAUGAGCAAUUAAGCAAACACCAUUAUUUCACAUUCUUCAAAAAUACAAAUUCAUAUUUACUCUUUUUUGGGUUUGGAGGUUUCUUCCUUUGGAAGUACUGAACCUGUAACGUUUUCAUAUCGCUCAGUGGAAGUCCGUUGUUCCCAUGUUUCACCCUUAAAUAAAUUUGAUAGGCUUUUACACAAUCCAAAUAAAACCAUUUGAGAUUUUAAAAACUGUCACCAAGACCUCCGGCCAAUGACUGGUGUGUGUCAAAAAAGAAGGCUCUCUGUGGGUCUUGCCUUUCCUGGCCAGGAGAUGGGAGCCGGAGAUUCAGCAAAAACCUAUUUCCAG